AUGACGACGCCGUCUAUUGUCGCCACGCCGCUCGUGGUCGCCCUGCUGGCCGCGGCGGCCCUCGCCGGCGUCGCGUCCGCCGAGAAGGGCGGGUUCCUCGUCACCGGCGACGUGUACUGUGACCCCUGCCGCGCCGGCUUCUGGACCAACGUCUCCACCAACAUCCCCGGUGCGACGGUGGAGGUGGAGUGCCGGCCAUACGGCGGCGGCCCGGAGACCCUGAAGGCAGAGGCGACGACGAACGCGUUCGGGUGGUACCAGCUGGAGAUCGACCAGGACCACCAGGAGGAGAUCUGCGAGGUGGUGCUGGCCAAGAGCUCCGACCCGGCCUGCUCCGAGAUCGAGAAGUUCCGCGACCGCUCGCGCGUCCCGCUCACCAGAAACAACGGCAUCAAGCAGCAGGGCGUCCGGAAAGCAAACUCCAUCGCAUUCUUCCGCAAGGAGCCGCUCAAGGACUGCGGAACCAUCCUCCAGCAGUACGACCUCAAGGACGCGCCAGAGACGCCAUGA